GGCGGGGAGCGGCGGUCGGGCGGAGCGGAGCGGGCCGGCCCCCGACCCCGCCCGCCGGUGGGCGGCCCGCUCCGUGCGGCCGCGGGGCUGGGGCAGCGCGGCACCGGGCGGCGGCGGCGGCAGCCAGGUCUCUGGAUUUGUCAGCCUUGCAGGCUUCUGGGCACAUCUCCUCCCAGCCAUGAGGAGAUCAAAAGGAUUUAAUAUCUGUGUGGUCACCUGCAGCAUCCUGCUCUUGUCCUCCAGCCUGCCAUGCCUUGCUCAGCCUCUGGAAGAGGGGGAUGUGACAAAGGUCCAGCGUGGCCCCUGGGCAGGGAAUGGGCUGGAAGAUGAAAGGACAGCCAUGGUGGACUUGAAAAACAAUGUGAGCCCUUCUGAGCAGACAGUUUCUGCAGAGCCAUGUGCAGUGUCAGCACAGCCAUCUGGGACACCCUUGGAUGAAGCUUUCACUGCAGAAGAAGUGCUCCCUGCCAGCCCGAGCAGUGUGGUGCCCAGCAGCCAGGGGCAUGAGGGGGAGCUGGCUCCCACUGAGCACCAGGAGGAGGAGGAUGAAGCACUCGGGGCCAUGCUGACCACAGCUGUGACCACGCUGAGCCCUCCAGUCCAGGAGGAGUCUGGUGGCCCUGUUGGUGUGGCCACAACAGAGAGUGGUGUGGCAGUGGAGCCCAGCUCUGCUGGCCCCUCAGCAAACCCCGUUUCUGGGACCACUGAGGAGGAGGAGGAGGAAGCAGAGAGCAGCUCACAGCCCUCAGCUGUGCCCCAGCCCACGCUGAAGCCCAGCUCUCCCAGCUGGGAAGCAGCAAGUGACCACCCUGUAGUCCCAAGUCCCCAGGCUGCAGGUGUGACCUCUGGGCUGGAAAUGCUGAGAGCCCGCACAGGGAGCCCUCUGAAAUCCCUGGCUCCACCGACAUCUGUGGCUGCUAAACAUCCCCUUGUGGCAACUGAGGCCUUCCUAAAUCCACAAGCAGGGACAGGUGUCACAAAACAGGAGCUGCCCACUACGGCUGGCACUGUCACCAUCCCUGCUAUGGACACUGUGCCACCUGACUGGGAUGACACAAAACUGGGGGGAAGCAUGUCUCAUGAGGAGCUGGGGAUGACAGAACCAUCCCAGACCACUCAGGAAGGUGUGGGGGAGGAAGAGGAUGCCACAAGAGCAGUGCCCUCCCCAGUGUCCCCUCCACCAGCGCCUGAGCUUGCCAAGGAGAGCAACUGCACAGUGCCAGUGCGAGGGGAGGAGCUGCCAGCAACUUCCCCAGGCAGCAGUGCUGCUUUCCUCACUGGGAACCUGUCAGAUGCAGGCACAGCUGAUCUUGGCUCGCUGGAAAACAUAAGUGCAGUCACAGCAGUGGAGGAGAAAAGUGUCCCUCCGUCACAGCCGGAGGCUGCUGUGGUGACAGAUACCCAGCCUGAGCUCUCUCCUACUCUGGAGAGUUCAUGGAAAGGUGCCACUGAGGAGGUGACAACAGCUGCCCAGGAGGGUGAUGCUGCUCUGUCUGCUGUGACAGAGGUUUCUGGUGCCACCCAGGGCACAGGGGCUGCCAGCUUUCCUCAGGAGAACAGCGGGGAGGACACCCAGAUGCUGACAGCUCCCAGUGCCACCGAGGUGCUGCUCACAACUGGUGCUGCCUCCACGGGGAGCCCUGUGGAUGCAGGAGAUCUCACAGAUGGGAUCCUGCUCACCAGUGAGAAAGCUGCUCCAGCCCUUGGUGGGAUGUCUUCUACCCCAGCUGGGCAGACAGAGGAGCCAGCCAGCAGAACUGUGGUCCUGGUGACUCCAGCCUCAGUGGCCUCCUCUGCCAGAACUGCUGUUCCCCCUGCCAGGAGGACCAGCACAGCUGUGACCUACGGGCUGGACCGCCUGGAGUCUGAAGAGGGUGAAGAAGAGGAAGAGGAUGAAGAGGAGGAGGAGGAAGAAGAAGAGGAGGAAGAGGAAGAUGAGGAGGACAAAGACAUAGACCUGAUGGAUGAAAGCAUGGAGGGUGACACGGAGCUGCCAGGCUUCACACUUCCAGGAGAGACCUCCCAGGAGCCCCUGGCUGGCCUGGAAAACCCUGUGGCCCAGCUGGCUGGGGUGUCCUACCAGGUUCCUGACACCAUUGAGUGGGAGCAGCAGAACCAGGGUCUGGUGAGAAGCUGGAUGGAGAAGCUGAAAGAUAAGGAAGGAGGCAAGUCUAGAGCCAGCCUAGAGCCUCCUUGGCCUGGGAUUCAUCCAGAGCAGAUGCUGAAAGGACAGAGAAUGGUUUUCCCAGCCAAGGCAGGAUACAUGUCAGGGAUGCUGGUUCCUGUGGGAGUUGGAAUAGCUGGAGCCCUCUUCAUCCUGGGAGCGCUCUACAGCAUCAAGAUUAUGAAUCGCCGGAGGAGAAACGGCUCCAAGAGACACAAAAGGAAGCAGAGGGAAUUUAACAGCAUGCAGGACCGAGUCAUGCUCUUGGCCGACAGCUCUGAAGAUGAAUUUUGAGUGGAACUGCAGUGCCCUUGGGAGAGCUGGUGACUUUUCAGAGGAGGGAGAGCAGGGGGCAAGAAGAACAAGUGACUUUUCUGCUGCUCCCUGGGCUGCCCCGGGCAGGGGUGGUGUCCCCAGCCCAGUGACAAUGACAAUGCUAUGCUCUACGUGUGCCACCCGUGGUGUUUGUUUUGAUACAGUAGUGGAGAUCUCACACUCGCCCCCGGCGCCUCAUUCAGAGCCUCAGCUGGAGCUGAUCCAUGUGGAUGAUUAUUUUCCUCUUGCCCUGUUGUACUGUUUUGGUCCUGGCUGGCAGUAAUAUAAUCAUAACAAUAGCUCUCACCCAUCCCAGGAAUGGAAAUCUUUACUGUGAAUGACUUCUGUCCAAUUCAUUUGAAAUGUUACAUUACCUGAGCUAGAGUUCGUUAGUGCUAAGAUUAGCUGCUCUGCUUAAUUAAUGAGUUGUAAGCCUGAACUGUACCCCUGGCUGCCCAUGUACAGGGCUCUUGAUACAGUUUGAAGCACAUUUCUGCCCUCGGGUGCCCCCACUCUCACCCUUUCUUCCUUCAGCUCUGCUCCACACUGCUUGGAGACACACAGGAAUGGCCUCAGCACUGAUUGCACCACGAAAUUCCCUGUCCAUUUUCAACCAGCACUGUCUGUUACAGCACAAUAAAUACCAGCGCUCACCUACUGACGGGGGCUCUUGCCUGCAUCUCUUAGCUUUUGGUCACUGUGCAAGGAGGUGAGAGAAGAGGCAGGUCAGAAACUUCCCCAGCUUCUGCCUCCUCUUGGAAGGACACUAACUCCUGGUUCUUCUCUUUCCAAGGCUGCAUUCCCAUAGGGAUGAGAGUGGAGCCUCUGUGCCCCGUUACCCCACUGGAAAAUGCAUUUUCAGCCCCUGAAAGCUGCAUGAACAACAGCACCUUUGGGGGAUCUGGAUGGGUCUUGUCUCACAGAAUCACAGAAUGGUUUGGGUUAGAAGGGAAUUUUGAGGGACCUUUCCAACCCUGACACCUUCCACUAUCCCAGGUUGCUCCAAGCCUCACCCAGUCUGGCUUGGAACACUUCCAGGGAUGUGGCAGCCACAGCUCCUGUGGGCAAACCAUGGAAUACAGAAAUGCCCCAAAGGCUGGGGAGCAGGUGGCAGUCACUGCUGAGGGAUUCGUGGCUCACAGUGGGAAAACAGCAAGAGCUGGAGUGAUGUCAGCUGUGGGGAGUGAGAUGACCCCACUGGGAACCCUUGGCUGUAGGGAGAAAGGUGAAUUCAUAGCACAGAUGGGUGCAGGGAGUUGUGGAGGUUCUCUGUUAGUGCUGAGCAUUGAGGGACACAGUGCUUGAGGUGACACAGGCACUGAGAAGGGGAGAGUAAUGUAGCUUUGCCCAGAAAUGCUGUCAAAAUAGCCAGGAAAAGAGCUGCACUAUUGAGCUCUGCUUCCCACUGUGGAAUUAUUCAAUCUGACAUGCAGAACACCCAUGUUUCUGAGGUGGGAAUUGCUGUUCUGUGGGGAAUCAUCCUUCCUGCAAGGAACAGUGACUCUUGCCAGAGGAGAAGUGAGCAGAAAAGUAAGGGCAGACCCCACAUCUGCUGAGAUUCAAUCCCUCUGAGCCUUUGGAGAAGAGGGAAGGAGGAGAGGUUGAGGAGGGGCAGGAGCAGGAUCUGGUUCCCUGUGGAGAUGGAAAGGCCUGUGGAUGGUGGGGAAAUGUCUUGUGGAUGUGUCAGUAGGGUUGCAAGGCAGAGAGGACUUCCAGGAGCCCCUCCUGAGGUGAGCUCUCCCUUGAGAGCUCAGGGUGUGCUCUGGACAUUAAAUCAGAUGUGAUGGUCAGCUCUGAACAACCCCUGCUCAGCAGAGCCCAGGCACUCUCCUGUGAGCCCCACUGAGUCACCUGGACAAGGACAGAGGGGACACCCCUGUUCCAAAGUGCUGCUCUAAUGCUCAGUCUUCCAGUCCCACAGCUGUGGGUGGUACCUCAGUCAUUCAUCCUGCUGGGUGCAUGGGGAGCAGGCUGGGGAGACAACAAAUUCUGGGGGGUGAUGGGAGAGGGGGGGGGUCUUCAUACCCUAAUCCCUCCAGGAGAGGCUUCCCCAGACAGGGCUCCAUGGUGCAUCUCUGCCUUUUUGUUGCUGGAAUAUCAGUCAGGAGGAUUUUGCCUAAAAGCAGCCCCACAUCUUUAACAGGCACUGACUGGCAGUACCAUGAAAUCCAAAAUUCAGACCUCUUCCUCACAUACUAAGUGGUCACUCCAAGUUAAGAUGAAGUUUUCCCUCCAGACUGAUUUCUUCCUAUUUCCUUCUAAUUCCUAAGUCUGUUGGAGCUUGGAGGUGCUUUAAGGUGUUGACAGUCCAGCUGAUCAAUCCUGGCUGCCUUGCACUAUUGGGAAUUGGGAAAUGCUGUCCCUUGGGCUCUUGGAUGAUUUUUUCUCAGUAAAGCAUGGUUGGGAUUGCAAGGUGAAUAGCUGAUAAAACACCUGAUAAAAUACAGAGCUGCUGGGUCAGUCAGGAGGAGGAGGAGGGAGGAUGGCUGAGGAAGGCUGCUGGUUUAAGUAGCCCAGCUCUGGCAGCUCAGGAGGAUCCUUAUGGAUGGCUUGUCAGUUUGAUGGGUUGGGAAGGCUGGUGGGGAGGUGAUGUGGCCUUUUGUUGGGCUAAUAAAUCCCCAAUUUGGGAAACACUGCCUUUCUGCAGAGGCAAUCAGUUUUCCCUGUCUCUCUUCUCCCUCUCCAGCAUAAUGAAUUUGAGGAAUUAAAGGCAACCCUGCCAGUCAGGAUGAUGGAAGUGGGGUUUUACUGCAUCUGUGGGGGGGCUGGUGUCCUCAGAACCAGAGAGGACGUGCAAGGGUGGCUUGGAUGCUGGGAGUCGACAAGGAAGGGAGGACCAGCUGCAUGCUCAGUUCAGUGUGGGCUCUCUGAUCUCUGCUGGAGACUGAUUUAGGAGUUAGGUGGAUUUCCCAAAGGUUUUUCUUGUGAUCUGUCUGCACAGCCAGGCCUGACUGUGGCUCUGAAAUCCUUCACCCAAGGAUGGGACCUGAGUGCUGCUGGCCAGCAGUGCCAGCUGAAGGCCAUUUGGAGGGGAGCUUUCUGUGGAAUAGUUGGUUUUGGUCAGCCCUGGAGGGUCCCCAGGAAGCAAGGUGGGCAGUCAGAGCCAGCCAUGGCUUGAGGGAAGCUUGUGGGAGCCUUGGGAGCUCAGACAGAGUUUCCUGCAGCAUCUGCAGGUCCUUCAAGCACAAGCACCACUCAGCCCCUUCCCUGCUCAUUCAAGGCCAAGUGACUUCGGAUUGGGCUCUUAAAAAUACCCUCUGCACAGCUCCUGGAGUUGGAUUGAUUCCCUUGGAAUGACCAGAUGGCAGCAGGGAGGGGUGGGAGCUGAAGCUGCAGUGGCCUAACACUGCUGAUUGAAUCUUUACCUUGCCAAACCAGCAGGUUCUUUUGGAAAAGGCAAGGCGUGGAAAGCAGCCAGGAAGGACCCUCCUCAUCCUCAGCUCUGGGUGAACUGCAAGGCCCUGAGUGCUGAGGGUGGUGACAUUGUCACUGCAGCAAUAACACUCCCUGCACCCCACACAGGACCAGCCACUCGCCUCCCUUUUGCAUUCUCCUGAGAGCACAAGCCAGAAUUUCCUUGCAGGCACUGCACGACAGCUUUGGCAUCUCCAGCCCCAUUUCUGACAGGAGGAACCAGCCUGCCUGGCAGCUCCUGCCCCCUUGGGAUGAAUGCACCUCCACCACAGAGCUGCUGGUCCCUAAAGGUGUCUCUGAGGGCAGAUCUUCACCCUGGUGAGGCUCCUCUGGGCUGCACUGCUUCCACAGAGAGUUGUGGGCAGUCCUCCUCCUUCCUUGUGGUUUUCUCUUGUGGACAGGAGCAGCUCCUCAUCCUGUAACUAUGGAAUGUAGCACUUUGUUACAUGAAAACAUUGGGAAAUAAAAAUCUAUCCUUCAAAGCUGA